AUGUUACCGGAGAGUGCUAAAAUAAAGCUUGCCAGUCGUUUGUUUGAUAGAGGGAAACCCACUUAGAGCAGUAAUAAUAACGAGAGGCCACUGACUUCGAAGAUUGCGAUCAGAGCAUAGCUGAAUCAGACGAUGACCAAGAUUGAGAAGGUUCCUGAUAAAUUGCCUGCGAUUCACGAAGAACGCAGUCACUCUUAUCAAAAGUCAGGAGGAGCAGGUCUCAAUCAAACUCGAGGGAAAUCAUAGAACAGUAAUAUUGAUUAGAUUGAAUUUAGACAAUGACUCAUUCCCAAAGCAUAAUAAAACUUUUGAUUUAACAAAUGAUAUAUUCUUAGAUGAGAGACGAUUAUUAAAGUCUCGCCAGGUUCAUGAGUUGAUGGAUCGCAUGAUUGGAAGAGUGAAACCUCCGAGUCCACCAAAGGAAGUUUAGAAGGUUGUCUAGGUGUUGCCAAGUAACAUCUUGGAUAAUACUCGCAUGACUAUGACAAGGGAUAACAGGACAGCCCCAAGGAAGACGAUUCGAGCACAACAAAUGAGGAAAGAGAUUUUGAAUAAAACCUCCAUGUCUCAGGUUUCGGAUAGUUCGGAAGAUUCAAGUGAAGAGAAUGGCAAUUUCGGAUUGAAAGACGUCGACGCAUUCAUUCAGAUGAUCAAGGAACACAAAUUAAGUUAACAGGAAUUCAUGUAUCUGAUCAAAAGGAAGAAACAUUCAAAUGAUGCUUACAAUAUGAGGAUAGUCAACUAUCCCUAUAUUCAAAAGCAUCAGCUCAAUAAUUUCUAUACACUCUCAGCCAAGGGAUUGACUCGAUACGAGAAUAACAUUACGAUUGAGUUUGUUUCAUUGAACACCUGGUUAGAAGAAAGAGAUUAAUUUAAUGCAAUUAAGUCCUUAAGUUUUUUUAAGAAGUUUCGUAAAUGGAAGACUCUCAAGAAAUGGCAAAAGAUAUUACAUUAGCAUCGAACUUCUAUAGUGUAAGCAUAACUGUGUGAGAAGAUGUUGAUUUUGAAUCCAAUUUAUCAAAAAUUAAUAGUAUCACAUAGAAGUUUAUGUUACGACAUCGAGGCACUUAGAAUUGUGGACAUAGAUAAGAUAGAAGAGGAAUUGACAGACAAGAAAGAUUAGUAUUUGAGUUUGCAAGAGUUCAGUCUGUUACAGUAGAAGUAGAGGAAUAGACUAGUGGAGAAAAUCUAGAUUCAAUCAAGGAAGAUGAAAGAAAAUUGUUUAUCAGGACUUAAAACUGUUAUUGAUAAAUUGAGGACCCAAAUUAAUUAAGAGAAACAGUCAGAUGAUGAUCAUGUACCUUUGAAAAUAGAGAAGACGAUGUCUCAAUCUAGGUAAAUUGAUAAGAAGCAAUAAAUUAUUGAAACUUUUGGGUUUCCAGAAAGAAUGGAUUAUGGUCACAGAGCAUUGAUGAGAACAGAGUUCAUUAAGUUUUUAAGAUUGGCUUAUCUAUUAGAUUUCAUUGCUGUUUAAUCUCUGGGAUAAAUUUACAUCAAAUCAGCAACAGAAUUUGUGGAUAAAUUGAUUAAGGUUCAAUAAUGUAGUAAAAGUAACAGGAAACUACCUAAAUUGACUGAAAAUGAAGAGGAAAAAAAAGAUUUUUAAGAUUAUGAUCCCAUUUUCACUAUCGAAUUAAGAUUUAAUCCAAUUUAUGGACAUCUUGAUAUUGAAAGAUAGUAAGUGCCUUGGGAUACUUUAAAUGAAAAUUUGUUAGAUUUUGAUUUGUAAGAGUGUAUUCGAUUGAAAGAAGAGAAGGUACAAACCAUUGAGAAGGUGGAGAAGAAACAGUAGAGUUCUCAAAAUGCAAAUUAAUAGUAAUCUAUGGAACCUUAGGAAGAGUUCAUUGAAGAUCCUGAAUUUGUAUGUAAAAGAGAGGUUUAGAACCUUUAUGAAACACAAUUAGAAGUACACCCAUCUAAAAGGGAUUUUCUGAGUCGAAUUUAAGAGGCAUUCUGUGAUGGAUUAGAUUAGAUACAAGUGAUUGAAAGAUGGAGCAAACAUCCUGAUUUCUUAUAAUAUGUUUAAGCCUUGGAAGAAUGGGAUGAAAUUAUUGGAGACAAGUGGACACAACCUGAUUCCAUUAAUCUGAAUCCUUCAUAUUGGAUUAAGGAACACCCUAUGAACAAUAUAUUCAUGCACGAGAUUUCUUAGGAAUUGGAUUAAGCAUUUUCAAAAUUAGAACUUUUCUAAAAGGAAUUCAAUGAGUACUUGAAUUUGAUCUGGAGACAAGAGAACAGUGAAAUUGAACAAUUACAAAAUCCAAGGUUGAUGUAUUAAUCAAAGAUAUUUUCAUGCACUUUGAAGAGUGCUCAAUUGAUUGACCAUUUACUACAAUAGAAAUUGAUACCUUAGGUUGAUAUUGGAUUGUACAGAGUCAAGAUAUAAAAUAUUUAGAAGUAAUUGAGUGCUAGACAAUCUUAAAUACUGGCAUAAUUGGAGGAACUUUACCUAUAAUUGUUUAGGAAUAGAUCUUUGAUCUUGAAGGCAUGGUUAUAAUAAUCAAUAAAAUCAUUAUCAGGUAUGGUUAUAAGAAUUGAAGAAUUUAUUGAAUAGAAGAACUCUGUAGAUCGAAUAACAAAGGAAUUACCUUCAAAGAGAGAGGAAAUUGAAACCGCUAUCAGUAUAAUCUCAUUGGCUUAAGAUUGUAAGCUAUUUUCGAUGAAGAAAGAAGACAAGGAUUUAGCACAGGAAUUGAAUUACUUAGAGUCUUCGUUGAAUGUUGCAUUGUCAGAAGCAGACAAUAAUACAGCCAAAAAUAUAGAGAAAUUUAAAAAGACAUUGAAAGAACGCAUAGACAAGUUAAAAGGUGAGUGUUUGGAUGUGAGUGAAGCAGUGAACAAGGAGAAGUUUUUGACAUUGAACACGGAUUUAACAGAUGCCAUCAAAGAGUUAACUGAGAUCGAUACUAAAACUAAAUAGUUGGAGUAGAGUGCUUAAUUAUAUACUCAAUAUGAAGAAAUCCUGUAAUGCUAAGAAUAAGCUCAAUAUGAAUUAUUGGAGAAUACCAGAGAGUAAUUAAAUUUGAGACUAGGAAUGUGGUAGGGGAUCCAAGAGUUUAGAAAAUUAUCAUAAGAUUGGCAGCAAUUACAAUUCACAUCCAUUAAUGCUAAGGAGAUUGCUUAGAAAACUGAAGGAUUCGUUAGGGUUGUACAAAGAUGCGAAAAGAAUUUGUAAGAAAAUAGAGUGAUUGCCUAUUUGAAGAAGAUAGUGUGGGAAUUCAAAGAUACUAUUCCAGUGGUGACAGCACUACGUUCUCAAUAUUUAUAAUAAACACAUUGGCAAGAAAUCAAGUAAUUGGUCAGAUAGGAAUUCGAUGUUAAUGAUCAAUAAUUUACUUUGAACACUUUGCUGGAUCUGAAUGUAGCAUAACACAAUGAGUAGAUUACAGAGAUUGCUGUGAAAGCAGCUUAAGAGGACUCUCUUAAUACUUAAUUAAAAACGUUGGAGACACAAUGGAAUGAAGUGGAAUUGAAAUUGAAACCUUAUAAAGAUCAAUUGGAUGUAAUGGUAUUGGGAGAAGUGGAAGAGCUAGUUCAAUUGUUUGAUGAAGGUCUGGCAAACAUGUCUAAUAUACUUGCUAGUCGUUAUGUUAGACCCUUGAGACAGAGAGCUGAGAAAUUCUAAUCUGAUUUAUUAUUGUUGUCUGAUAUCAUCGAGAAGUGGGUUGAAUGUUAAAAAAAGUGGAUGUAUUUGGAGAGUAUCUUCAGUAGUUAAGAUAUAAAGAAAUAACUAUCUAAUGAAUCAUAGCUAUUUGAUAGUUGUGAUAGAUUGAUAAAGAAGUUAGUCAAACAAGUCAAUCUUAGACCUCAGAUUAUGAGAUUGUUAGCUAUGUAGAAUAUGUUAGACAAUUUAACUAAAACGUUGGAGACAUUGGAAUAAAUAGAGAAAUCCUUAGAAGAUUAUCUAGAAGUCAAGAGAGGAUCAUUCCCAAGAUUCUACUUUUUGUCUAAUGAUGAAUUAUUAGAAAUCCUAUCUAAAUAAACUGACAUUAAUUCAGUUUAAUCUCAUUUAGGAUAAUGCUUUGAAGCAUUGGUCAAAUUAUACUUUGGUGAUUAACCAAAUGUAAUCCAAGGAAUUUAUUCUUCAGAAGGUGAGUUAGUCUAGUAUUAUAAAUCAAUACCUGCUAGAGGAAAUGUUGAAACUUGGUUGCACUUGUUGGAAUUGGAAAUGGUUGAGACUCUGCGUAAAUUAUGUAAAUAAGGAUUACAAGACUAUUUGAAUGGAAUGUAAAAGACUAAAACUGAUUGGAUACUUAAUCACAAAUCACAGAUUGUGGCUGUUGUUAGUCAAAUACUUUGGUCAAUCAACACUGAAGAUGCAAUCAAUGAAUCUAGUGUCAAAGCAAAUGCUCUUUAUGAAUGGCAUGAUAUGAUGGAAAUGCAACUAAAAUAACUCACAGCAUUAGUCAGAGGAGAUUUGACAGUUGUCUAAAGAAAAACUAUAGUCUCAUUAAUUACUACAGAUGUUCACAACAGAGAUAUCGUCAUGAAAUUAGCUGAUAAUAGUAUUGAAACAACAUCGGAUUUCCAAUGGUAAUAAUAACUAAGAUACUAUUGGGAUGAGGAAUGCGAUGAUUGCUUGGUUAAAUAAGUCACAAGCGUAUUUCAUUAUGGAUAUGAAUAUUUGGGACCAACAAGUAGAUUGGUAAUCACUCCACUCACAGAUCGUUGUUGGAUAACAAUUACAUCUGCCUUAACCAAUCAAUUAGGUGCAGCUCCUGCAGGACCAGCAGGCACAGGAAAAACGGAAUCCACAAAAGACUUAGCCAAAUGCUUGGGAAGAUAUUGCAUAGUAUUUAACUGUUCAGAUUAAAUUACUGCUGCCACUAUGAAUAAAUUAUUCAGUGGUUUAGCAUAGCAAGGUGCAUGGGCUUGUUUAGAUGAAUUCAAUAGAAUAGACAUUGAAGUACUUUCUGUUAUAGCCUAAUAAUUAUUGACUAUUCGUAUUGCUUAAUUGUAAUAGUUGACUGAAUUUUUGUUUGAUGGCCGACACAUCUAAUUAAAGAACACUUAUGGAGUCUUUAUUACUAUGAAUCCAGGGUAUGCAGGAAGAACUGAAUUACCAGACAAUUUGAAAUCACUCUUCCGUCCAGUGGCUAUGAUGAUUCCAGAUUAUAGGUUGAUUGCAGAAAUUAUGUUAUUUGCUGAAGGAUUUGAAAAUGCAAAUGAUUUAUCGAGCAAGAUGGUUCAGUUAUAUAAAUUGUCAUCAUAAUAAUUGUCUUAAUAAGAUCAUUAUGAUUUCGGUAUGAGAGCAGUCAAAUCCUUAUUAGUUAUGGCUGGUUCAUUAAAGAGAGCAGAUACAACUAUCCCUGAAGACAUUGUGUUAAUUAAGGCUAUGCGUGAUGCUAAUAUACCCAAGUUUUUAAAAGAUGACAUUCCAUUAUUCAUGGCUCUAAUUUAAGAUCUAUUCCCUAAAGUAGAGAUAGCCAAUUCAUCAUUCGAAUUCCUAGAGUAAUAAUUAAAUAAGAAAUGUCGAUAAUUUAAGUUGUAAAUCAUACCAAGUUUUAUAACUAAAAUGUUGCAGCUGUUUGAUACUCAAAAUGUAAGAUUUGGAACCAUGAUUGUUGGAGGCAGUGGAUCUGGCAAAACUAACUGUUAUCAAAUAUUGGCUGAAACAAUCACUGAGAUAAAAGUAUAGAAUCUAUCAUAGGAUCCUAGAUUCUAAGAAUUAUAAUUUGUAAUUUUAAAUCCUAAGUCAAUCUCAAUGGGAGAACUUUAUGGGGAGGUCGAUCCUUUUACUAAUGAAUGGCAAGAUGGUUUAGCAAGUUCCAUAAUCAGAGAGUGCAAUAACAGUAAGGAGAGACAUUGGAUUGUUUUUGAUGGACCUGUUGAUGCAUUGUGGAUUGAGAAUAUGAAUUCAGUCUUAGAUGAUUCAAUGACUUUGUGUUUGGCCAAUUCAGAAAGAAUCAAGUUGAGACAUGAGUUGAGAAUGAUAUUUGAAGUUCAGGAUUUGUCAGUUGCCUCUCCAGCCACUGUAAGUAGAUGCGGUAUGGUCUACAUGACAGUUUAAGAUAUCAAUUGGUACAAUUAUGUGGAAUGUUGGAUUGAGGAAGUUUUCUCAGAUUAAGAGAAGGGUUAGAUCAAAUGCUGUAGUCAACUUAAGGAAAAGCCCAAGAAAUCAUUACAAAUAGAACAAAAAUAUUUAGAUUUGAUAAGAAAUUUAUUUAAGACUCAAUAUAAGUUUUUACAAGAGAAACUAGGAAACCUUGAUGAACCUUUUAUUACAAUAGAAACAUAAAGAGUGAAGAGUGUUUGCAACAUACUCACUUACUUUUUGAAGUCCAUCCUCGUUUAGAAAUCUGCUGACUUGCCAAAACAAAUUACAGCUGUAUUUGCCUACAGUUGCAUUUGGGGGUUGUGUGCAUCAUAUGAAUAGAAAUAUUAUGACAAGGUACAUCAAUUUUAUAUAAUCUCAACGAUUUUUAAUUUUGCAGUGAAUUUAGCCCCGAUCUGUUUGAGUUCAUAAAUAGAUGGGAUAAGGUACCUGCAGAUAUUAAAUCCUAGAAGUAAUUAAAUGAAGUUUUACAGAAUGUGCACUUUGUUUAAAUUACUAUUAGGAACAUUCUAUUACUUAUAUGCAUCAUAUAUAUUUAUAUUAUUAUUUCCUAUUAAUUAUUAUUUUAGAUUGCCACCUAUGUCAAGGACCAAUUUCAAUCAUUGCUAUACCCGAAAGGUGAUACAAUAUUUGAUUUCUACGUUGAUGGCAAUGACUUCACCACAUUAUAGUCAUGGGAAUCUCAGCUAUAAGAGUUUUAAUUUGUAAAAGAUCAAUCGUUUUUCAGUAUCGUUGUUCAAACUGUAGACACAUUGAAAUUCCAAUACAUAAUGCAGUUGUUAAUUAGAGAAUAAAUACCAACAUUAAUCACUGGAUAGACAGGAGUUGGCAAGUCGAUGUUGGUCUAAUCAUUGCUAUUUGAAAUGAAAUUGAAUGAGAACGUUCAACCAGUGUUAUUGAAUUUUUCAGCACAGACAAAAUCAAAGCAAACCCAAUUGGCUAUAGAAUCUAAAUUAAUCAAAAAGGGAAAGAUCCUAUUUGGAGCAAGAGUAAAUGAAUAAAUAGCUAUUUUUAUCGAUGAUAUCAACAUGCCUGCAUUAGAAAAAUACGGUGCUUAGCCCUGCAUAGAACUCUUAAGAUAGAUGAUAGAAUUAUAAGGAACUUUCGAUCGUACCAAAUUAUUUUGGAAGCAUAUUGAGGAUGUGACUCUGUUGAUAGCUGGUGGACCUCCAGGAGGUGGAAGAAAUCAAUUAUCUCAACGAUUUGUCAGACAAUUCAAUGUUCUGAAUAUGCCAAAUCAAUCUGAUUCUAUUUUGGAGAUGAUUUAUGGAUCAAUUUUGAAAGGCUACUUUAAUAGCAUUAACUUUAGUGAGAGUGUUAGGAAAACUAGUGACUAAAUCACCAGAAUUACAGUUGAAUUAUUUAGAAGAAUAUCUUAAGAACUAUUGCCAAUACCAGCGAAGUUCCAUUACACCUUUAAUUCGAGAGAUAUUAGCAAGGUCUUUUAAGGUUUAUUGAUGAUCAGACCCAUCUCCUGCAAUAAUAGUAACGAUACCAUAGCUAAAUUAUGGGUUCAUGAAUGUGCAAGGGUCUUCUGUGAUCGUUUGAUUAGCGUUUAAGACAAGCUUUGGUUUUAUAAUACAGCAGUUGACUUAUUGAUGAGGUACUUUAGUGUCAAUAAGGAUGAUAUAACAAGCAAUAUAUUGUUUAGUGAUAUUCUUAAAUUGGAGGCUGCAAAUGUUUUAUAUGAGGAGGUCACUGAAAAGAGAAAGGUGAUUGUGAAAUCUUUGCAAGACAAAUUAGAUGAUUACAUCAUGGCAACGAAUGAUAAAAUGGAAUUAGUCUUUUUUGAUGAUGCUCUAGAACAUAUCCUAAGAAUAUCAAGAAUCUUUAGAUAACCAAGAGGAAAUGCAAUGUUAAUUGGUGUCGGUGGAUCUGGAAAAUAGAGUCUAACUAAAUUGGCUUCCUUUCUUAUGAGGUCUGAGAUCUUUUAGAUUGAAAUUGUCAAAACCUACAAUGCUGACUCAUUCCGAGCUGAUUUAAUUAAAAUCCUAAUGAAAACAGGAGGAGAAAGAAUUCCAUUGACAUUUAUAUUCAAUGAAGCUCAGAUAGUCUAAGAGAGUUUCUUAGAAGACAUCAAUAACAUUCUCAAUACAGGUGAAGUUCCUAACUUGUUUGCUAAGAAAGAAGAUCUGGAAUAAGUAUACAACACUGUAAGACCAUAAGCAAUUAAAGCAAAGAGAUUGGAUUCACCAGAAUCCUUGUGGACCUUCUUUGUAGAAGGAAUCAGAAAUUCAUUGCAUAUUGUCUUAUGUAUGAGUCCUGUGGGCAAUCAAUUAAGAAUUCGAUGCAGAAAAUUCCCAUCGUUGGUAAAUUGUUGUACCAUCGAUUGGUUCACUUAAUGGCCCAAGGAAGCAUUACUGGAAGUAGCUAAUAAAUUCCUCGACAAAAUACCCAAUCUGAAGUAAAAGGAUUAAUUGGCGCAAAUGUGCAUGGAAGUCAAUCUCUAGGUUGCAAAUCUAUGUGAUGCAUAUCAAAAGGAAUUGAGAAGAUAAGUUUAUACAACACCCAAAUCAUAUUUAGAUUAAAUAUAACUUUAUGCUGAUUUAUUAAUAUAAAAACAAUAGGAACAUGGAUUGAUUUAAAGGAAAUUGGCUGAUGGAUUGGAUUAAUUAUUUAAAGCCAAUGAAAAAGUAGCUGAUUUGAAAAUUAAAAUGCAAGGGAUACAACCCUAGUUGAUUGAAUAAUCUGCAAAAACAGAAUAGUUUUUGAAGCAAUUGGCAAUAGAUUAGAGUGAGGCCAAUCUUAAAGAAAGACUAGUAAAUGAUGAAGCUUAAAUAGUCAAUCAGCAAGCAUCAGAAAUUAAAAUAAUAGCAGAUGAAGCUUAAGCUGAAUUAAAUAAGGCAUUGCCUGCAAUGAGAGAAGCAGAAGAGGCUCUGCAAAAGAUUAACAAAAAUGAUAUUUCAGAAAUUAAAGGGUUUAUUAAUCCCCCACCAGUUGUAUAAUUGGUGCUAGAAGCUGUUUGCAUAUUAUUGUAAGAGAAGACUGAUUGGAAUUCAGCAAAAUCAGUUAUGAUCAGUGGUGAUUUUAUGGAAAGAUUAAUGAAAUACGAUAAGGGUUAGAUAACUGAAUAGAUGUUGAGGAAAUUGAGAUUCAUAACAAUAAAACCAGAAUUCGAUCCAAUUUGUGUUGCUCAAAAAAGUCAAGCCUGCAAAAGUCUGUGUAUGUGGUGUAGAGCUAUUGAUAAUUAUUCUAAGAUUGCAAAGGAAGUAGAGCCUAAAAAAAAGAGAGUUGCUGAUGAGUAAUAGAAUUUAGAAGUCAAAAAUAAGGAGUUGGCAGUAAAACAAGAAGAACUGUAGAAAGUUAGAGAUAGAGUAGCUAGAUUGUAGAAAGAGUGUGAUGAAACUGUAGAAGAAAAGAAUAGAUUGGAGAAAGAUUUAGAACAAAUAAAGAAAAGAUUAGUGGCAGCUGAAAAAUUAACAUAUUUAUUGGCUGAUGAAGGUAUAAGAUGGAAAGAUUAAAUUAAAGUGAUUGAGCAAGUCUUGUAGUAAAUUAUUGGAGAUGUUUUCUUGGCUGCUACUACAGUCAGCUACUUAGGUGCAUUCACAGGCUAAUAUAGGGAGUAAUUGAUAAAGAACGCUAUUUCGAAAUUGAAAGAAUAUGACAUCCCUUUUUCAGAAAACUAUUCCUUAUCUUCAACUCUUGAAAAUCAAAUUGUUAUUAGAGAUUGGGUCAUUUGUGGAUUACCUAAUGAUGCCAUUUCGAUUGACAAUGGAGUAAUAGUAACUAGAGCUGAUCGUUGGCCUUUGAUGAUUGAUCCACAAGGAUAAGCAAAUAAAUGGCUUAAGCAAUUCAAUAAGGAGUUGAAAGUUAUGAGAUUCACAGAAUAGCAUUUCCUAAAAGGAUUGCAAUAAUGCAUUAGUUCAGGAUACGAAGUCUUAUUUGAAGAGGUUGAAGAGAAACUGGAACCAUCUGUUGAUUCGGUUCUCUAAAAAUAGAUUAUUGAAGUCGAUGGACGCAGACUUAUUAAGGUUGGAGAUUAAAAGGUCGAUUACCAUAAUUAAUUUAAAUUGUAUUUCACUACAAAAAUAGCAAAUCCUAAUUAUUUACCAGAAGUGUUUAUUAAGACUACAGUGAUUAAUUUCAGUAUCACUUUCGAAGGAUUAUGUGAUUAGUUGUUGGGUGAUGUAAUGAAGUUUGAGAAGCCAGAAAUUGAAAAGCAAAGAGAUGAAAUUAUUAUAAAAAUGAGUAAUGCUACCAAGCAACUCAAAGGUGCUUAGGAUUCCAUUUUGGAUCUGUUAGCCAAUGUUUAAGGGAAUAUUUUAGACAAUGAAUAAUUGAUCCACACUCUUGAAGUCUCGAAAUUUCAGUCUGCCGAUAUUUUAAAAUCCUUUGAGGAAACCAUUAUUGUAGAAUAAUAGAUCAAUGAAUCCAGAAAUCUCUAUCAUUCAGUAGCUAUAAGAGGGUCAAUAUUGUAUUUUGUAAUCUCAGAUAUGAGUCUAAUCGAUCCGAUGUAUCAAUAUUCUCUACAAUAUUUCAAAAAACUCUAUAAUAUAUCCCUGAAUCUCACUCCCAAGACUGAUUUACUUAGUGAGAGAUUGCUCUACUUAGAAGAAACCAUUACUCAAACUGUCUUCAAAGAUAUUUGUAGAGGCCUAUUUUAAUAGCAUAGAAAGAUCUUUUCAUUCCUCAUCUGUGCCUAAGUUUAGAGAUAAAAUGGAUCCAUUUCAAAUGCAGCAUGGAAUCUAUUAUUAAGAGAUUAGAUACCUUCAACUCCAAUCAUUAAUCCUGAUAAGGUAUUCUUGAAAGACUCUCAAUGGAAUUUAAUCUUAUGUAUCUAAGAAUAGAUUUCAGAUCUAACUGACUUUUCCCAAGAUAUCAAAAACAACUUGUUGUAUUGGAAGGAGUUCGCUCAAAUAGAUGAUAUUUAUGAAGCAUCAUUCCCAGCUUAAUCACCUCUUGCUGUUUCUUCAACACUAAAUCCAUUCUAUAGAUUAUUAAUAAUUAAGGCCUUGAAGCCUGAAAAAAUAAUGUUCGGCCUAACUGAGUAUGUAAUUGAAUUGUUUGGAGAGUUCUAUAUAAAUCUGGCUUCAUCGUCAAUGGAGGAAAUUUAUUAAUCAUCAGAAUCGCAUACUCCAAUUAUCUUUAUUCUCUCUCCAGGUGCAGAUCCCACUCAAACCUUAUUUAAAUUGGCAAAAGAUUAAUAAAGUCAAAUUGAUGUAAUUUCUUUGGGACAAGGAUAAGGGAAAAAGGCAGAAACCCUGAUUUAGAAAGGUUAGAAGGAUGGAACAUGGGUUAUGCUUCAAAAUUGUCACUUGGCAAGAUCAUGGAUGCCUUAAUUAGAAAAAUUGAUGGAAUCUCUAACAUCACAUCACAUUGAAGUUCAUAAUAAUUUUAGAAUCUUUUUGACUUCCAUGCCUGCUGCUUACUUUCCUGUGAGUACAUUACAGAACGGUUUGAAACUGACCACAGAACCACCCAGAGGAUUGAAAUCAAAUUUGCUGAGAUCUUACUAAGAAUUCUAACAAGCAGAUAACUAAUAAAAGCUAUUCAAAUAACUAUUUUUCAGCAUUUCCUUCUUCCAUGCUAUAGUACAAGAGAGAAGGAAAUUUGGCCCUCUUGGAUUCAAUAUUUCAUAUGAAUUCAAUGACUCUGAUCUGGAUAUUAGCAUAUAAAUGAUGAAAAUGUUUAUUUCCUAAGAAGAAGAAAUCCCUUGGGAUGCGAUGUAAUUCAUGAUUGGCCAAAUUAAUUAUGGGGGAAGAGUUACUGAUGAUUAAGAUAGAGUGUGCUUAACUUCGAUAUUGAAGAAGUACUUAGGGGAUCAUAUUGAAAACAAUGUUAAAUUCUCAAAUAGUGGCAUCUAUUAUUUGCCUGAAGAUGAUUACAUUCAUUACAUCUCCCAAUUACCAAAUUAAGAAGAUCCUGAGGUGUUUGGCAUGCAUGAAAAUGCAAAUAUUGUGUUCUAAACUUAGGAGAGUCAAAAGAUAUUAGAUAUCAUCUUAUCCAUCCAGCCUCGUGUCAGUAGUACCAGCACUCAGAAAUCUCCGGAUAUGAUUGUUAUGGAAAAGGCUAUUUACUUUUAAAGCAAUCUCCCAGAUCUGUUGGAUAAAAAUGUUUGUAACCAAAGACAUUAUCAAAUUACUGAAAAUGGUAGUGUUUAAUCUCUCUCAACAGUUUUGUUUUAAGAAAUAGACAAAUUCAACAAGCUCUUAGAAUUAAUCCAAUCUACUUUAGUUUAAUUGUAAUAGGCAAUAAAAGGUUUCGUACUGAUAUCCUAAGAGCUAGAUGAAAUGUAUUUAGCCUUUCUCAAUAAUGCCAUUCCUCCAAAUUGGAUGAAGUAAUCAUAUUCUACUCUGAAACCUCUUUCCAGUUGGUUCAAAGAUUUGAUUGCAAGAGUAACCUUCAUUCGAUCUUGGAUGGAGAAGGACUUCAUACCUGCUUAUUGGAUGUCUGGCUUAUUUUAUCCCCAAGGAUUUUUGACAGGUGUAUUACAAACACAUUCUAGAAAGUAUAAGAUCCCAAUCAAUAAACUAAAUUUCAAAUUUAAGGUGUUAGACAUAGAACAAGAUAGAAUCAGAGAUGAAGUUAAAGAUGGAGUUUACGUGUAUGGUCUUUACUUAGAAGGAGCACGUUGGGAUUAUCAACACGAAACCCUAAUUGAAUAAUAAGUAGGUUAAAUAUAUUUCCCUCUUGCCAUGAUGUAUUUCUAACCAAUGGAAGAAUACUAGAUUGGUGAUGAAUAUUAUAAGUAACUUUAUGCAAUCUAUAUUUAGUUGUCCUUGCUACAAGACCUCAAACAGAACAGGAGUUCUCUCAACCACAGGUUAAUCUACUAAUUUCAUCCUAUCUAUUGUAAUAUAUAAAUAUUAAUCAUGUAGGAUCUGAUGAGCAAAACUGAAAAACCAGAAUAUUGGACUUUGAGAGGAACAGCUAUAAUAUCUUAAUUAAAUGAUUGA